AUGUUUAAUUAUUAAUUAUAUAAUUUUAAUUCAAAAAAUAAUUAAAACAUUGUUUAAUAAGAAAUUCGAAAUAGAGGAGACUACUUUGAUUAUGAGAUGGUUAGAUUGGGAGAAUUUUCAGAAAAUUGUCGGAAUUAAUUUCUACUCCUCAUUAACGUUUUGAGUAAGAAUUAAUAAAAUGGAAACCAAAAAUAUAUAUUGGACAGAAAGUUUUGAUUUAAGUAGCAGAAAGAGGUGAUUCAGGAAUGAAUUUUAUUAAUGAAACUAAUGAAAGAAUAGAGAGGAGAGUGAUGGCAUUAUUAGCGUUAGGAGUAUGAUUAGUUUAUUAUUAGAGGAGAAAGAUUAAUUAAAGUUCACGAAUAGAUUAAUAGAGUUGAUAUGGCUAAUUAGAGAAUACAGGAAGAAUUUAAAAUUAUGUUAUGAUUAAUUUAAUAAGAUUAUACUUAAAGAUUGGAUACUAGAGUAACUGAAGUCAUUAAUAGAAUUGCUGUGGAACAUGAAAAAAAUGAAAUAAGCAUGGACUUUAAAGGAUUAAAUUAAUAUGGAGAGAUUAUAAUACGAGACAGGUAUAAACUAUUAUUGAGACAUAAGUGAAUUAAAUACUAGUAAAUAUUUAAAAUGAAGAAGCCAAAAGAUAUUCACAUGUAAUUAUGAGAGGAUUUAUUAAAAAUAUAAGAAAAUAUCAAAUAGGACAAUAAAUUAUUUAAAACACUUUAAGUUUAAAGAUUAGAUUGAGAUGGCUUAUGGAGCAUUAUAAACUUAAGUUAAAUAAUUAGAGAAAGAUUGAACAGAAAAAGCAGAAAGAUUAUCAUUAUUUAUAGGCAAUUAAACAUCUGGCUAGAAAUAUCAAAAAGUUAAAGUGA